UGUGCGACGUCAGAGAACUGUAGCACCUCUCACGAGUUACUGUACACCUCUGACGUUGCUCCACCAACGUCAGAGGAACCGGUUCCCCCCCCACCCGGCCCCGGCGCCAAAAUCCCAAAGCACAGAACCUCUCCCGCCACGCCGCCUCCAUUACUAUUUACCCACCACUUCCACUUCCACCUCCUCCAAUCCCGCGCUCCUCUCCACGCCGACGCCCGCCUCCUCACCUGAGCCAGCCCUCUUACUCUCUGUCUCUGUCCUCUCGGUCGCCCCGGCGCGCGCGCGGUCUAAGACGCUGCGGAUGGGCGCCGCCAGUCAGCUCCGCCGCCGGACGCGCGCGCGGCCGCCGCCCCGGGAGGAGGCCUACAGCGACGACGACGACGUCCGCUGCGAGGCGUGCGGGUCCGGGGAGGCGGCCGCGGAGCUGAUGCUGUGCGACGGAUGCGACAGGGGGUUCCACAUCUUCUGCCUCCGCCCCAUCCUCCCGCGUGUCCCCGCCGGCGACUGGUUCUGCCCCUCCUGCCACUCCGCGUCCUCCAAGUCCGCUCCGGCUCCCUCUACCAAGAAGCCCAAGCAGUUCCCACUGGUCCAGACCAAGAUCGUGGAUUUCUUCAAGAUCCAGCGGAACCCAGCGGCGGCGGAGUCGUCGGAGCUGAAGAAGAGGAGGCGGAAGCCCGCGGGGGCGCUGGUGGUGGCCAAGAAGAAGAGGAAGCUGAUGCCUUUCAACCCCAGCGAGGACCCCGCCAGGCGGCUCUGCCAGAUGGCGUCGCUCGCGACGGCGCUCACGGCCACCGGCGCCGUCUUCAGCAACCAGCUCACUUACCAGCCCGGCAUGGCGCCGCGCUCCGCCAACCGCGCCGCGUUCGAGGCCGGAGGGAUGCAGGUGCUGCCAAAGGAAGACGUGGAGACUCUGAAUCAGUGCAAGAGGAUGAUGGAGAGAGGGGAGUGUCCUCCCCUCCUCGUGGUCUACGACCCCGUCGAGGGGUUCACGGUGGAGGCGGACCGGUUCAUCAAGGACCUGACCAUCAUCACCGAGUACGUCGGCGACGUGGACUACCUGCGGAGCCGGGAGCACGACGAUGGCGACAGCAUGAUGACGCUGCUCUCGGCGUCCUCCCCGGCGAGGAGCCUUGUCAUCUGCCCCGACAGGCGCAGUAACAUCGCGCGCUUCAUCAACGGCAUCAACAACCACACGCCGGAGGGGAGGAAGAAGCAGAACCUCAAGUGCGUGCGGUACGACGUCAGCGGCGAGUGCCGGGUGCUGCUGGUGGCGAACAGGGACAUCUCCAAAGGGGAGAGGCUCUACUACGAUUACAAUGGCUCAGAACACGAGUACCCGACGCACCAUUUUGUGUGAGCAGCGAGCUGAGCUUCCCUGCAGUUUCUGUUAUCAAUGUUAGCAAAAAGCUUGUGCUUGACAAGAGAGGGUGGAUUAGAGUAGCAAUCUCUAACUUGCAGAUUCAUGUAACCAAAGAAAAAGCGAUUUUAGCCGAGUGAUGUCCAUCUGAUUGGUAAUAGUGGAUUGUUAAGAUCAGGGUAGGGAAUUGUAUUGUCGAUGUCUAAUAUUGUCCAACGUUUUGUACGAAAUACUGGAUGAACCAGUAUUCUUUGAAGCAAUGGCAAAGGGGGUUCUGUUCAUUUCA